CGAAAGGAAACGGUUAUGGCGCCCAUGCUGGACAGGCUAACGGAGGAAACGCUCACCUCGGAGCCACCGGUAAACCAACGAAGGGCAACGGACAACCAACCUAUGGAGCAGGUCAGGGCCUCGGUGUCAACCAGGGCCCCCAGCUGGCUGGGAACCCCAUGACAGGAGGUUAUGGAGCUCAGCCCAGCAGAGGUCCUGCAAAGACUGCUGGAUACCAAAGGGCCGGUUCAGCGCUAGGAGCUGGGUUCCUCCCAGGAGGGAUGAAGGGGCCAAAGCCAGCUGGUUAUGGGUCUCAGAACGGUCAAGGUGCCAAACCAAACGGCUACCAGCCAGCUGCUGCUGUGCCUAAUGGCUAUGGAGCCCGGUUCAACGGUUAUGGUGCGCAUGCAGGACCAACUAAUGGACAAGGAACCAAAGGAAACGGUUAUGGUGCCCAAGCAGGAACAGCUAAUGGACAAGGAACCAAAGGAAACGGUUUGUAG